CUGCCUGGCGGCUUUGCCCAGCUCCGCGCCCCGCUCCGUUCCCCUCCGCCCUGCGGGCGUCCCGGAGCCCCCGAUAAUCUGAAGACAAUGGAUACUGAUGAAGGUCAAGACAUGUCCCAAGUUUCAGGGAAGGAGAGCCCCCCUGUCAGUGACACCCCAGAAGAAGGUGAUGAACCCAUGCCUGUCCCUGAAGACCUUUCCACCACCUCCGGAGCACAGCAGAACUCCAAAAGUGAGCGAGGCAUGGUUGCAUAUGGGCCUGAUGGCUUUAGGGAUUUUCAUGCAAUAAUUCCCAAAUCUUACUCUCCCAGUAAUGUUAAAGUAGAGACUCAGAGUGAUGAAGAGAAUGGGCGUGCCUGUGAAAUGAAUGGGGAAGAAUGUGCGGAGGAUUUACGAAUGCUUGAUGCCUCGGGAGAGAAAAUGAAUGGCUCCCACAGGGACCAAGGCAGCUCGGCUUUAUCAGGAGUUGGAGGCAUUCGACUUCCUAACGGAAAACUAAAGUGUGAUAUCUGUGGGAUCAUUUGCAUCGGGCCCAAUGUGCUCAUGGUUCACAAAAGAAGCCAUACUGGUGAACGGCCUUUCCAGUGCAACCAGUGCGGGGCCUCCUUCACCCAGAAGGGCAACCUGCUGCGCCACAUCAAGCUGCACUCGGGUGAGAAGCCCUUCAAGUGCCACCUCUGCAACUAUGCCUGCCGCCGGAGGGAUGCCCUCACUGGCCACCUGAGGACACACUCUGUUGGUAAGCCUCACAAAUGUGGAUAUUGUGGCCGAAGCUAUAAACAGCGAAGCUCUUUAGAGGAACAUAAAGAGCGCUGCCACAACUACUUGGAAAGCAUGGGCCUUCCAGGCACGCUGUACCCAGUUAUUAAGGAAGAAACUAAUCACAGUGAGAUGGCGGAAGAUCUGUGCAAGAUAGGACCAGAGAGAUCCCUUGUUCUGGACAGACUAGCAAGCAACGUCGCCAAACGUAAGAGCUCUAUGCCUCAGAAAUUUCUUGGAGACAAGUGUCUGUCAGACAUGCCCUAUGACAGUACCAGCUAUGAGAAGGAUGAAAUGAUGACAUCCCAUGUGAUGGACCAGGCCAUCAACAAUGCCAUCAACUACCUGGGAGCUGAGUCCCUGCGCCCACUGGUUCAGACGCCCCCCGGUGGCUCCGAAGUGGUGCCAGUCAUCAGUCCCAUGUACCAGCUGCACAAGCCCCCCACAGAUGGGCCUCCAAGGUCCAACCACUCCGCACAGGACAGUGCAGUGGAGAACUUGCUGUUGCUGUCCAAGGCCAAGUCGGCAUCCUCAGAGCGAGAGGCCUCCCCAAGCAACAGCUGCCAAGACUCCACGGACACCGAGAGCAACGCAGAGGAGCAGCGUGCUGGCCUCAUCUACCUGACCAACCACAUCAACCCACAUGCCCGCAAUGGGCUGGCACUCAAAGAGGAGCAGCGCGCCUACGAGGUGCUGAGGGCGGCCUCAGAGAACUCGCAGGAUGCCUUCCGCGUGGUCAGCACGAGCGGUGAGCAGCUGAAGGUGUACAAGUGUGAACACUGCAGGGUGCUUUUCCUGGAUCACGUCAUGUACACCAUCCAUAUGGGCUGCCACGGUUUCCGGGAUCCCUUUGAGUGUAACAUGUGUGGCUACCACAGCCAGGACAGGUACGAGUUCUCAUCCCAUAUCACACGGGGGGAGCAUCGCUUCCACAUGAGCUAAGCCCAGCCAGGGCCUACAGAAGCACAAGGACAACUGCCUUCACCUCCCGGCAGCUGGACCCACGUGGACAGUGUUGGGUGUGGAUUUGCAGGUGGCUUUUGUUCUUUUCAAAAGUUGGUUGGUUGGGAUUUUAUUUGCUUUUGAAAACAAGUUUUUGUUGUUAGAGGCAGGAUUGCAUUGUACUGGGAGCACUUAGAACAUCCAUCCCUCUAGACGGUUUUGUUGACUACUAGCUGAAAUCCUCUACCAAUGGCUUCCUAGCAUCCCUUUCAAACAGAGCCUGAACAUUUAGAGAAAUGACUAAAACAAUUAUCCAGGAAGGAGUAAGGUGGGCCCUGCUGUGAGCACAGAGUUCAUGCCCUGUGUGUCCUCUGUGUCCCUAGGAGCACUGAGCACAGCCACUGAGGUGGGGCCAUCUCAGGGAGCUCUGCUGGUGAGCCACAGGACCCAGGUGUGAGGCAGCUGGGACAGCAGCCUAUGUGGAGAACAUGAUCUCAGGCUACCUGUAUCCAGGACCAGAAGUUUGAAAGAUACUAUUCAUAUUCUGCCUUGGAGACUAGCAUCUGGGCAAGUUGUGCUCAAAGUUUCCCCUGGGCAAGGGGAGGAAGAGACUGUUGAGCCUCACAAUAACACCCCAGCUACCUGAUGAGCCUGGCCUUCAGGAGGCAUUUGGCCAGUGAGACAGCUCUGAGCUCCCAAGGGCAGAUGUGGGGGGCCCUCUUAGUGGCUUUGUCAUCUCUCUGCUUUUCACAUCCCAAAGCCUACCACUGUGUUUUAAAUACCACUCCUGAAGUCACUGUGUUUUAAAUACCACUCCUGAAGUUUGAACCUUAAUUUGAACUUCCCAUACAGAAAACUCCUCAGAAGCCAAAGUUUUCUUCUAAAUCCCACUCUCAGUUCUCUGGGCAUCUAGUCUUCCCUGGGCCCGUUAAACCUGAGACCGAGACCUGAUAUCCCCAGCAGAGCCCAACCCCACCCCUUCAUUUUCAUUAAGUCUCUGUUCUGCCUAUAGCUGUGAACCUGGGUGUCCUCAUCCUGGUAAAAUUCUUUCCCUACUCUCACUGUUUAUUGUUUGAAAAUCCAUAAGACCAUGAUUCAGAAUGACUCUUUUAGCUUAAUAUGUGAGCCCAGCAUCUCAGUGACUAAAACACAGAACAAUCCUGUUUUUAAACCAAAUUUACAAAUAUUUUGAAACCCUCCAGCACAAAGACAAAGUAGUAUGUGUCUACAGGACAUGGGACUGUGCACCUUCACCCCAGGAGUGGUAUUAGAAUAUUGGAAUGAUCGGGCCACAGUGUGACUGGUUCAGGUUCCCAGAGAGGAAUGCCCACCAGGUCUCACAGGCAAGGGACAGGUGAUGCUAGAGGCUAGAGCCAGUCCAGCCAUACCAAGACAGGGAUGCCUCUCUGAAGCCAAGUCAGUUAUCAGCCAGGAAGGGCCUCCUUCGAGAUUCUUUGUUAGGUCAUUACUCUCUACCACUUCAGAAAAAAAAAAAAAUACAUAUAAUUUCAAGAGUUUGCAGUACUGACUUCACAGAAACUUUCUGAGGUGAACCCAAAGAACUGUAGGGAAAAUUGUUCAUAAGUAACUCAACAUUUAACCCAAGGCAAGGGUGAUUCAUCUCAGCCCUACUGAGACUUAAAGCUGGAUCAUCACUGUGAGGAUUGUUCUGUGCGUUGUCGCCUCCUUAGCAGUGUCCCUGGUCACUACCCUGUAGACGUCAGUAGUACCCCUCAUUGAUAGCCAGAAAUGUCUCCCAGUGUUUCCAGAUGCCACAGGGGGACAAACUUCCUCCUCAUUGAAAGUCACCUACCUAAAUGAAUUCUAAAUCAAUUGAAGUUGUGGGAAGUUUUCCAAAGAUAAAAGGCACCUGAAGGCUUUUCCCACCCAGCAGUCUCAAGCUACACUGCUUCUUUGGAAAGAUAGGUUCUAUAAAUAAAAAUAACUUCCUGGUGUGCUUUUGAGUUCUGUUGCAGGAAUUGAGUUCACAAAGGUGUCUCUAGAGUCAUGGAUUUCUUUGCUUUCAGAAAAAUGUGGUGUUUUGAAAGUGGAAAUAAAAUUGUAACUAUAAUGAUUGACACUGUGUGAAGGGGGAGUUUGAGGAACUAGAGCUGUGGGCAGCUUUUGUUCAGUAUGCAGUUAUGCAGAAAGCCAGGCCUUAUCCAAAUUCAUAGACUCCAGGUGACAACCUUCCAAAGCUUCCGAUGCUCUGGCAUAUUUUGCUCACUCUUGUUCUUGCAUCCCACAGUCAGCUGGUGGAAGAGAGACAGCUCCAACCCCAGCCCCCCCACCCCUGCCCCGCCCCGCCACCUGCAUUCAGAGGUAAAGCAGAACUGUAAAUAGUGGCUUCAGGAGCUGUUUUCUAAAAUGCUUUGCCCCUUCCUCUCACUGCCUUUUUUAGCCAAUAUAAAUGUCUAUUUGCACACCUUUUGUUGUGGUUUUAUAUUGUAACAGCAUUUUUUGAAACUAUUGUAUUUAAGAUAAGGUUUCAUAUUAUGUCCACAAGUAAUUAAAUUAUGUUUGAAAGGUGGCUAUAUUCUGUACCAAAAGUUGCUGAAGUUUUCCUUCUAGCUGGUAAAAGUAAGAUUUUGCAUGACCUCA